UCGUCUUCCUGUCGGGGGAGAAGAAAAGAACUCGAGGAAAAGAAUCAAAUCAAGAAACAGGAUUCGAGAGAGCUCUGGCCGGGAGGGAGGGGAAGGGAAGGAGGAGCCGCGGAGAGAUGGGGGCGGCCGAGUCCGUGCCGGAGACCUCCAUACACGAAUUCACCGUCAAGGAUUGCAACGGCAAGGAGGUGAGCCUGGAGACCUACAAGGGCAAGGUUCUCCUCGUUGUUAACGUCGCCUCAAAAUGCGGCUUCACGGAGACCAAUUACACGCAGCUGGCGGAGCUUUAUCAGAAGUACAGGGACAAAGAUUUUGAGAUAUUAGCUUUCCCCUGCAACCAGUUCUUACGACAAGAGCCAGGAACUGCUGAGCAGAUUAAAGACUUUGCUUGCACCAGAUUUAAAGCUGAAUACCCAGUUUUUCAGAAGGUGCGUGUAAAUGGGCCGGAUGCUGCGCCAGUUUACAAGUUUCUGAAAGCCAGCAAACCUGGUUUGUUUGGGUCAAGAAUCAAAUGGAAUUUUACCAAGUUUCUUGUCGACAAGAAUGGAAAGGUUAUCGAGAGAUACUCAACUACGACUGCUCCAUUGUCAAUUGAGAAGGACAUCCAGAAGGCCCUUGAGAAUUAGAUCUCAUACCCUCCCAUCCAUCUCCCACUUGCAGAAGUAGGCGCUUGCAAAAGUAUUCAGUUGUAACAUCUAGACGUCCGUGCUUGUUUGUAGUGAUUUUGUGUAUGCUUUUCACCUUCACGCUUUCUGUGCUUGGUUUCCAUUUGUGUAAGUAGAGGUUGACUAGAGCACCUUCUUACCUAUACUGCCCUCGUAUGGUUUGCCAUUUUUUUCUCAUUCUGUUAAAAAACACGACAUAUCACUGCAAGCUAUGUAACAUUGUUGAAGCAUUGUAAUUUGAGCCAAGGUUUGUGCUUU